UCUUCGGACUCUCAUCCAAUUACACCGUGGAUCCUAGGAUCUGCUGAAGCGGGAAGGCACCAAUGAAGCCGUCGGCCGCAUCGGCGGGGGCGGAGCUAAACUGCCAGCCAGCCACACCCCUCUCUGUGACUCUACCUUUGGGCUCCUCGUGUUUUAAAGGGAUGGUGUCCCCACGGGAUCAAAUUUCAGCGUCACAGCUGGGGACUGGCUUCGCGGUCCCUGAUGGGAGAGCAUGAGCAGGUGCAAUCCUCUUCUGGCUGGCCUACCCCUGGAUCCUGAGUACUCCGUGCCUUGCUACCGCUCACUUCCCUCAUCCUCCAACGUGUGUUCGCCUGCUCACAAGAAGUGUGACAAGUGCUGUGGUUCAUGUUCGUCUGCUCACAAGAAGUGUGACAAGUGCUGUGGUUCAUGCUCGCCUGCUCACAAGAAGUGUGACAAGUGCUGUGGCACUUCCUCAGAAAAGACCUUGGGAUAUACAUUUCACUGGUCCAAGGACCCAGAGCCAGAGACCCCACAGCCGAGUGCACCUGAAAACACAGUGACAACUGAAGCCUGGAGGCCAGGGAGAGACUCAGGGUGUCAGUCACAUGGGUCUCCUUCCACCCCUUGCUCAGACUCACAGGAGCCGUGUAAUGGCCAGGAUCUUCCCAAGAGGCAUAACAGCAACACUAAGACGUUGUUGAUGCCGUUUGCCCCUAAAGAAGAGGGCCAUUACCUGAGUCCAAGCCGGAGUGAGGGCUCUGAAGCUGUGUGUUCUCAGGGGCAGCCUCCGUGCCUGCCACACAGAUGCACUUCUGAGCGUGUUCAGGCUGGGGCAGAGAAGCCCUUGGAGACCAGCUGUUCCAAAACCAAAGUUAAGUCCACCACGAUGAUUCCCGACUGCCAGAAGCUUUUGAGAUGUGAACUGGAGUCACUCAGGUGUCAGUUACAGGCCCAGACCAAGGCUUUCGAGUUCCUAAACCACUCAGUGACCCUGUUGGAGAAGGAAAGCUGCCUGCAGCAAAUCAAGAUCCAACAACUGGAAGAGGUGCUGGGCCCCACGAGCCACCAGGGAGACAAGGAGGGGCACAAGUGGGAUGUGGUGGAGGGACGGCAGGAGCUGUAUGAGGCCCUGGCUCAAGGCCUGCAGGGGCUGCAGAAGAGCCUGCAUGACAACGAGGAGGUGCAGCGGGCCCGCACCACCCGCUGCCUGCAGUUGCUGGCCCAGGAGAUCCGGGACAGCAAGAAGUUCCUAUGGGAGGAGCUGGAGCUGGUACGAGAGGAGGUGACCUUCAUUUAUCAGAAGCUCCAGGCACAGGAACAGGAGAUCACAGAGAACCUGGUGAACAUCCAGAAGAUUCAGAAGACACAGGUGAAGUGCCGCAAGGUCCUGACCAAGAUGAAGCAGCAAGGGUACGAGACAGCCAACUGGCUAGAGACUGAGGAGUUGCCGCCAGGAUACAGUGGUUCCUGGAGGGAUAACCUCCAAAAGGAGCUGGGUGACAUAUGGUCCGCUGUGCAUGUGCUGCAGAACUCCUUUGAUGGCCUCGCCAUAUCCUCAGGGGGCCGCCCCAGGGCCGCAAACCUCAGGGGCUAUAAGGGACACAGAUGCCUGAGCCCUCCUCUCCCCUGCUGGGACUCGGACUCAGACACGGACCAGGGCCCUCCCCAGCUACUGCUCAGCAAAAGCCGCAGCUCCUUCCCACCUGCCUGAGCAGCCGGGACUGCUCUCCCUUGAAGACUCCUCCAGAAAGAAAAUAAACUAGCUGAGACCCUCA